UGUCAGUCGUGUUUUUCGCUGCAUUGCGUCGGUGCGCUGCGCAUGGAGAGGGGGUGGAUUCAUUCGGCGCUCUCCGAUGCCUCGCAGCCGACUGACUUAGUUAAGUGACGGACUAGAGCGUGGCCGGCUUCUGGGCGAGAGCGGCGGGAGCCGCGGAAUACGAAGGACCAUGUCGCUCAGCAAGUUCCUGUGCGCGUCGGUGCCGUACAACUGCUACGAGAUCGGACACACGUGGACACCGCACUGCAUCCAAGCCUGGUUCGACGUCUGGUACAACACGUUCACCCGGGCGGUGAAGCUGUAUGGAGUCCUCUACCUGGCGAAUCAGCUUGUGGGUCGUCGCCAUGGCGUACGGGCCUUCAAGAAGACAUUACGGAGCACCUUCGACUCCUCCAUGUUCAUCAGUCAGAACUUCUUCCUCUACAUGGUGCUGGUAUGCGUCAGCACGCAGUGGACAGGCCGACUUCAUCUCAUGCGGUCCACGCUGCUUUGUGGAUUCAUUUCUUCAGCCUUUGCCAUCACAAUCGAACGACCCGAAAGGAGGUCAGCUUUGGCGCUGUACAUGCUGAAUUUGGCUUCUGAAAUCGUUUACCGCAUGCUUCGCAGCAGAGGAAUUGUCACAGACAUACCGAACAUUGAGGUGGCGAUGUUCUCACUUAGCCUAGGAGGAUAUAUUUAUUACGCAAGAAAAAAUGGGCAUUUCAAUGACGUCGUGUCAACUCUCUUGAGGCACCUUUUCGGAAAGGAGGAACUCGAUGGCUACGCCCAACUGGAGGCGAAGCUGGCUCUCAGGGAAGCCGAGCUCCUUAGGGCGCCCGGUGACGUCGACAAGCUGGUCCGCUUGUGCGACGUGACUCCCAUCACAGAGGCGCCGCCUCUGAUCACGGACAACGUCAACGGAACCAAGCACGAAGCUAAGGUCAACGGCGCCCACAAGAACGGCUCGCCACGUGCCAAAUCCUGGGCGAACCUGCACGGAGUCACCAACGGGGGACUUCUCGUCGACCAAGGUGUGCGUGUUCGCGGUGGCAUCCUGCGUCUUCUGAACGGCGCCUUCCGGCUACUGAGCGACCGUCACUGCACCUGCAGACACCAGCACAGCUGCCUCGCCAAUUUCGUCAAGAUAGCCCUAAAGUUCGGCUCUGUCGGAUGGGCAGCUGGUGUCGGAUUUGGCGCAUUCAAGGGUUACCGGAAGAUGCGGAUACGACAGCUGCUCUCCGGACUGUUUGUGGGACCGAUGCCACUUCGCACGGGAUGCUUCCUCGGCGGCAUGACGGCAAUUUACAGCCUCAGCAGCUGCGUACUCCGCUGGUUCAGCGGCAGUCAACGGGACUGGCACGGCCUGGUGGCUGGCAGUGCGGGUGGACUGGCGUGUGCUGCGUACCCGAGCUCGUACUUCUCCCUGUACCUUCUCUGGAAACUCAUCGAGCUCGUCUACCUGAAGAGUGCGGAGCGGCAGCUCGUUCCAAAGUUCGAAAGUGCCGCGGUGUGGCUCUACGCGGUGUGCACGAGCAUCAUGCUCUACGUCGCCAUCUUGGAGCCCCACAACCUAAGGCCACAGUACCGCAAGUUCCUGGACGACAUAUCCGGAAGGCUGAUGUCCCAGAUCAACCGGUUUCCACUGGAUAUGCUAGGCCUGCACUCUUCGCAGGCCUUCCCACACUUCUUCCCGCUCGACCUGGACCGCAGAUAUGUCAGCAGCCAAUUCCUGCAGCAAGUCCUCAUCUGGGCGUGAAAAGCGUUCUGCGUGCAAUCAACUCCCUCGACCGCGCUCACAUUUUUCCCGCUCAUGAAACGUGCCUUUUUCCCGCUCAUGAAACGUGCCUUACUCCGCCUGGAGUUCAAAGUCCGGACCUCAAGUUCAAACAAGUUUUAAAAUACACGGGGUUAUUGUAGUCGCUAGUACUUCAGAGCUAAGAAAAUGAGAUAAAAGUGUAAGGGAAGGAAAUCAAAUGAGAGGCUGUUCGUCCUGUAGAGUUUCGUUCGAACAGCCUUUGCUUGUAGGUUAUUGUGAACGGAACAGUGGAAUAGUGUAUACGCCACUUCGGAAAUGUGCGGCUGCCACCAAACUACCUUGGUUAAGAGUUCCUGUGAUAACUUCACGCUCGUGUCUUCUUGUUCAUCCCGCAUCAUGUUCGACAUAAUCACUUGUAUAGAGAUUACGUGCAAUAAAAAAAGUUUUAAUACAUUCCCAAA